CCGCGCCACCACCUUAAGGGCCGGGCGGGGCCGGGGCCAGAGAGCCAGGACCGGGGCACCGGCGGAGGGGCACCCAGCGCGGAAUCCGGAGCGGGAUUCGAAUCAGGACCCGGAGCGGGAUCCAGAGCGGAACUGGGCGCGGGGGCCAUGGCGUCGUCCGGGCCGGCGGGGCCGCUGCUGCUGCUCGUGCUGCUGGCUGGCACCGCGCGGGCCAGCCUCCACUUCCGCCCGGGCCAGGGCUGCUACCGGCCCCUGCGCGGGGACCAGCUGUCCAAUCUGGGACGCAGAACAUAUCCCCGGCCUCAUGAGUACCUGUCCCCAUCGGAUCUGCCCAAGAGCUGGGACUGGCGCAACGUGGAUGGGGUCAACUAUGCCAGUGUCACCAGGAACCAACACAUCCCUCAGUACUGCGGCUCCUGCUGGGCCCACGGCAGCACCAGUGCCAUGGCGGAUCGGAUCAACAUCAAAAGGAAGGGGGCGUGGCCCUCCACCCUGCUGUCCGUGCAGAACGUCAUCGACUGCGGUGAGGCUGGCUCCUGUGAGGGGGGCAACGACCUGGAGGUGUGGGAGUACGCCCACAGUCACGGCAUCCCGGACGAGACCUGCAACAACUACCAGGCCAAGGACCAAAAGUGUGACAAGUUUAACCAAUGUGGAACGUGCACGGAAUUCAAAGAGUGCAGCCCCAUCCAGAACUACACCCUCUGGAAGGUUGGCGACUAUGGCUCCCUGUCCGGGCGGGAGAAGAUGAUGGCUGAGAUCUACGCCAACGGCCCCAUCAGCUGCGGCAUAAUGGCGACAGAGAAGAUGGUGGCCUACAGCGGCGGCAUCUACGCCGAGUACCAGGAGAAGGCCUACAUCAACCAUAUCGUGUCCGUGGCUGGCUGGGGUGUCAGCGAUGGGACCGAGUACUGGAUCGUCCGGAAUUCAUGGGGCGAGCCAUGGGGCGAGCGAGGCUGGAUGAGGAUAGUGACCAGCACCUAUAAGGACGGAAAGGGUGCCGAUUACAACCUCGCUAUCGAGGAGAACUGCACAUUUGGGGACCCCAUCGUUUAAGGCGAUUGUCUCUGGAACAGCAGUUUAAGAAAUGUUGCCGCGAACCACGACCAGAAGGGACCCUGUCCCGUGGGCACUGGGUUGGUACUGCCAGGGUUUGAAGGAGCUGGGGGCAGAGAGUGAAACCAAAUUGACAUCCGGGCACUGGCACCUCAGUGGGGCGCCUGUCAAUAUACCAACAAAGGGGGUCCUGGCUGAGUGUUGCUGAGAGUCUAAUGUGGGACGAUGUGGACACCGGCGCAGGACGGCUCCCCUGCCCGGUGAUGCAGCAGACCACCUGCCUGUCAGAGAAGUGGCCUGCGAGGACAUUAAAUCCUGUGACCCCCAAUGUCUUCAGCUGAUGGUUUGGUAUUUUCUAUCUGGCAACUGCGGUCGACAAUGUGGCAUUUAUCACCAGUGCUUAUGUCACCCUGGAAUCAAUGGGGGGUGGAGGGGGAAAUGGCGGUUUCAGAUCGCCCCAGUGAUGAAUAAAACACACGACUUCACAUGA